AUCAACCAAACAUAACCUUAAUCUGUCAAAUUUUGAGGUUAAUUAAGAAACAAUUCGAAAAAUGAGUUCUUUACAAUUAUUACGAAGAACAUUACAAUUAAUACCCCGAAAAUGUAUCAUAUCAACAGCAUACAGUACGAAUCUUUAUGAACCGGAUUACUUAGACGCUUUAAAACCGAAAAUACCUCUUCACGAACCAUUAAAUAUAGAAAUAAGAGGUUAUGAUUAUCCCUUACUUGAAAGUUACCAAAGAUUAAUUCAUACUAUAGCAACGAAUAUGGAUAUAAAUGUAGAAGAUUCUUGGGCCUCACCACAUCAAGAUUUUUCUAUUUCAACAUAUAAACCAAAUAGUGAAAUCGUUGAAAGUCAGUAUCAUUUGAAAACGUAUCGGAGAACUGUACAAAUUACAGAUUGUCCAAGUACUCAAUUACCUAUUCUUUUAAGAGCAAUUGAAGCUUGUGUUCCUAUAGGAGUAAAGGUUAAUUUAGUGCAACACACUGAACAAGAUGAAGAAGAUCGAUAUAUACCUGAUAAGGAAUUACUGGAAUUAAAGGAUACUUUAGAAUCUAUGGGAGGUGCAAGGAAAAAAUAAAAUAUAAGAAAGGUUUUUUAUUUAAAUUGUAGUAAUUGUAUAAAAAUAUAAAUUAAAAAAAGUUG